UGAGUUUCCAGGUCGAAUGCUUGCAGUAGUACUUUGUCUCGGUUAGUUUCCUGAUUGAAGAGUUGCGUUUCUUAGUUGGAUUCGGCCGGGGUCUAUGGAGGAAUCAGGAAAACAGUUCGUCAUAAAUAUUAACAAUGGAAUUUGCUUCAAGUGCAGUUUGUAUUUUCAUAACUAUAUUCGCGUGUGCGUCGUUUGUGAAAGGAUCCAAUAAAACCUUGAACCUGGAUGCGGCGAUCAAGCUUUAUAAAAGACGAAAUGAGAUCCACAUUGAUAUAGAUGAAAUAAGCAUCGAAAGUACUUUGAAUAUAAGUGGCUGCAUCAAGGAUUUUAGCGACAUUCUUUUGGCAUCCAUGUUUAAUGAGAUUUGGGCCUUCAAGUUUCUCGACUCUUGGGGGAAGCUUCCUUCGGGCAUUUUAUCGGAUAACUAUGCGUCGUUCGGUCAUUUUGACCAGUGUUUAAGUAUCGAUGAAAAUAUUCGAGGUGAUUUAAUACGAGGCCAAUAUUGUCUUGCUGAAAUUCCGGUUGGAAAUUUAGUAAGUCUAUCAAGGAAAUCUUUACUCAUCGGAAUUUGCAUACCGUGUACAUGUGACGUUGUCGAGAUACAACAUGAAUUGAUAGAUUCUCUAGAGUCUCUGCUGGAUUAUGAAAUAACUAGUGCCAGCGUUUUUCGAAAGGAAUUGUGCACAAAGAAAGAGGAUUUACUUCUCAGUACCACAGAAAUUGCGGCAAUUUCGAUAUUUGCUUCCAUGGGGUUACUAGUGAUUCUAUCUACAUUUUAUGAAUAUUAUACGGAGUGUGUGAUAUGUAGACAAAAUGAAUUCCUCACUGGAUUUUCUUUACUCACAAAUGGAAGGAAACUUUUCAACACUGGAAAACCUCUUUCAUCAGAUACAAUCGAAUGUUUGUAUGGAAUUAGAUGCCUCGCAAUAAUUUGGAUACUGGUUAUUGAAUCUUACGAUAUUAAAAUGAAACAAACUCAAUCAAUACCAAAAGGUUAUGGUAAGGUUUUAUUCCGAGCCUCAUUCUUCAUAGAUACAUUUUUCCUGUUGAGUGGACUUUUAGUUACAUGGAGUGUAUUCAGAGAGUUACAAAAAAGGGCAUCCCUCAACAUCUUAAGGCUGUUCUUCCAUAGAUAUGUGCGAUUAUUCUCGAUUUUUGCUGCCGCAGUUUUGUUUUGCACAACGCUCUUCAAAUAUAUUGGAGACGGACCACUUUGGAAUACAGAAAUUGAAGUUUUCAACCCAUGCCGGAAAUUUUGGUGGAGCACACUAGGAUAUGUUCAGAACUAUGUUAACCCAGAAGAAAUGUGUCUGCAGCAUACCUGGUACCUUUCCAUCAACAUGCAAUUAUAUGUGAUUUCUCCGUUGAUCCUGAUGCCUCUUUUCAAAUGGCGUUUGAAAUUUGCUUGGCUAUUAUUGCUUUUAAUUCCAGCAUGCAUGGCGGCGACAUAUUUCUCCUUACCAGAAACAGAUGCUCAGAAAAACGAAACUAGUAAGCGAUAUUUGCCGAUUUAUGAAUAUGGACAUUAUCAAAUUUGUUAUGGGGCUACUUCGUGGCUAAUAGGAGUUUCACUCGGAUACAUUUUGUUUUUCACAAGGGGCCGUCAAAUGCGUAUUCCGGAGCACACUAUACGAGGCCUUUGGACACUAGCAUUCAUCCUGAUAGCGGCUCUGAUAGUUGGGGAGUACAGUCGUUAUAAAUGGAUAGACGGUAUCAGUCACACGCUAGGACGUGACUUGAUGAAGAUACUCAGCAGAUUUUUCUGGUCUCUCUGGAUAAGCUGGGUAAUUUUUGCUUGUACUAAAGGCUAUGGAGGCCCCGUGAAUAAGCUUCUCACGUUGCGAGUAUGGAAACCGCUGUCAAGGUUAUGUUAUGCCAUUUACAUCAUCCACAUGAUGGUACAUAUUUACACGAAUGGCAUAAUAAGGACAAGCCCUUUCAUUGGAGGUUAUGAUAGAUCGGAGUUAUUUUGGGGAAAUUUCGGCACCACAAUUUGUAUCUCCAUUGUAUCUGUUUUAUUUCUUGAGCUUCCAGUGACCAAUGCAGAGAAGUGGAUGAGUGGUAGGGUUGAAAUUUGCAGCCAGGAUAACUCGUACAACAUGGAAGAAUAUUCGAAACGUAAUGUGAUCGGAAAUGGUGUGAUUAGUACUUUAGAAAAUGUAUAAGGAAUUCAAAAAUAUAAA